AUGAGAUUCAACAUCGGAAGAUUUAACAGGAAAUUUGAUGCUCUCCGGCGUGAGAACUACGAUCUAAAUGUAGCUAAUGAAGGACUACUCUUACAAAACAGAGUUCUAGCGGAAAAGCUUCUGAUAGGUGAUGAAGAACCGACCCUCGAGCAAAGCGAUCUCAGGAGGGCAGAACUCCGCAUACAAGAACUUCAAGAGGAAAACGCCGAGCUGAGAGAACGCGCUGUCCAGCUGGAACACUCAAAGGAUGAAGACCAACGUCAAUUAGAAGAAUUGACGCAAAAACUCGUGAAGACGGAAGCGCACCAGGCGGAUAAGGCAGAGGUGGCCAAGUCCAAGAUGGAGGAACUGGAGGAGAUGAGGAAGAAGGAUCAUAAACUCAUCUCCAGCCUCCAGGAAGAGUUGCGUGCACACCAUGCCAUGUCUGACUUCACCAGGCGGAAAAUGUCUUUUCUCGAGCACAAACUGGAAGAAGAGAAAAGAUCCAGGAUGAUUCUGGAGGAGUCUUACACGACAAAAUUGCAAAGCCAAGAACGGAGGAUUGCCGAGGCAUAUGGGAUGACGCAUCAGUUCAACGCUCAUAUCGUUCAACUCGAACAGGACAUUCACCUGAAGGACCAGCAGGUGGCGUCACUGAGAGCCAGAGUCCAUGAGCGGGAGUCAGUGACGAGGAUGUUGCAGGAAGAGAACCACAAACUCAGGGAGGAGAAUUCAACGCUCCAGAAAAAGGCCUCCUCCUCCCCCUCCAAACCCUCAACCUUUCCCCCCAAACACUCAACCUUGCCCUCCAAACCCUUAUCCUUUUCCCCCAAACCCUCAACCUUUCCCCCCAAACCCUCAACCUUACCCUCCAAACCCUUAUCCUUUUCCCCCAAACCCUCAACCUUUCCCCCCAAACCCUCAACCUUUCCCCCCAAACCCUCAACCUUACCCUCCAAACCCUUAUCCUCCUCCCCCAAACCCUCAACCUUACCCUCCAAACCCUUAUCCUCUUCCCCCAAACCCUCAACCUUUCCCCCAAAACCCAAAACCCUCAACCUUUCCCCCAAAACCCUUAUCCUUACCCUCCAAACCCUCAACCUUACCCUCCAAACCCUCAACCUUUCCCCCCAAACCCUCAACCUUUCCUCCCAAACCCUCAACCUUCCCCUCCAUACGAUAAUACUAUCUAUUCUGACAGUACUCCUUUCCGUUUUAGGAAAUGCAGGAAAGAGAGAACCUUCAACCUUCCCCUCCAAACCCUUAUCCUUUCCCCCCAAACCCUUAUCCUUUCCCCCCAAACCCUCAACCUUUCCCUCCAAACCCUCAACCUUCCCCUCCAAACCCUUAUCCUUUCCCCCCAAACCCUCAACCUUCCCCUCCAAACCCUCAACCUUCCCCUCCAAACCCUUAUCCUUCCCCUCCAAACCCUCAACCUUUCCCUCCCUACGAUAAUACCAUCUAUUCUAACAGUACUCCUUUCAGUUUUAGGAAAGUGAUUCCCAACCUUAAGAGAAAAGAGAAGCAGAAAAAGAAGGAUAAUAUUCAGUGGCAGGAAAGAGAGAACCUUCAACCUUCCCCUCCAAACCCUUAUCCUUUCCCCCCAAACCCUUAUCCUUUCCCCCCAAACCCUCAACCUUUCCCUCCAAACCCUCAACCUUCCCCUCCAAACCCUUAUCCUUUCCCCCCAAACCCUUAUCCUUUCCCCCCAAACCCUCAACCUUCCCCUCCAAACCCUUAUCCUUUUCCCCCAAACCCUCAAC